GGCAUAGAGGGCUGUGCUAUGUCCUUCCAAAGCAUCGUCCACCUGUCCCUGGACAGCCCUGCCCAUGCCAUUUGUGUGCUGGGCGUGGAGAUCUGCUUGGAUCUCAGAGGGUGUGCCCCACCGGAGUGUGAGUCCUUCACUGUCAGCGGCUCUCCGGGGGUUUUGGUGGACAUCCACAACGCGGCCACCACCCAGCUGCCGCUGUCUGACCCCAUGGACGUGCUGGUGAAGAUGACAUCCCCCAGCGUCGCCGUGGACGGGGACAAGGUCGUAGUCUCCUACUAUCAGCCCGAUGAGGAGGUCCCCGUGGCCACAGCUGAGCUCUAUCUCACUGGCAUUGCGGUCUCCCUGGACGUGGAUGUCUACCGCAGUGGGCAAAUUGAGAUGACAAGUGACAAACAGGCUAAGAAAAACUGGGUCUGGGGCCCCAGUGGCUGGGGCGCCAUCCUGCUGGUGAACUGCAGUCCUGCCGACAUGGGCCAGGUCACAGACCAGACCAAGAAGGUGCUCUCUUCAGAGGAAAUAAAGAAUCUGUCCCCGAUGGCCCUGACCGUUGAGGGGCCCAGCCACAUUUUGAGGCGCCACCGGCUGGUUCUCCACACCUCCAAGGGAGACGCGAAGAAGGCAAGAGUCUAUCGGGCCCAAGAAGACAGCUCCAGCACCUUUGAGUUGGUACUGGGGCCAGGCCAGCACACAUACACCUUCUUCCCCCUGGAGAGCCACUUGAAGGAGACCUUCUACGUGGAGGCUACAGAGUUCCCAUCUGCCAGCUUCUCUGGUCUGAUUUCCUACUCUCUCUCCCUGGUAGAGGAGUCUCAAGACCCGUCAAUUCCAGAGAUCCUGGUGCACAAGGACACAGUGGUAUUCCGAGUGGCCCCUUGCAUUUUUACCCCAAGCACCCAGAUGCCUCUAGAGGUCUAUCUGUGCAGAGAGCUGCAGGUCCAGGGCUUUGUGAACAUGGUGAUGGAGCUCAGCGAGAAGAGUAACAGCCAGGUGGCAUCUGUCUACGAGGACCCCAACCGCCUGGGCAGGUGGCUCCAGGAUGAGAUGGCCUUCUGCUACACCCAGGCCCCCCACAAGACUGUUUCCUUUGUCCUCGACACCCCUCGGGUCGUCAAGCUUGAAGAUUUCCCCAUGAAAUACUCACUGAGCCCGGGGGUUGGCUACAUGAUCCAACGCACCAAGGACCACAGGGUGGCCAGCAUGGAUUCUAUUGGGAACCUGAUGGUGUCCCCACCUGUCAAGUUCAAAGGGAAAGAGUAUCCUUUAGGCAGGAUCCUCAUUGGCAGCAGCUUUUAUCCCAGCAAGGAGGGCCGGGACAUGAGUCAGGACCUGCGUGACUUCCUCUACGCCCAGCAAGUGCAGGCUCCGGUGGAACUCUUCUCAGACUGGCUGAUGACCGGCCACGUGGACGAGUUCAUGUGCUUCAUCCCCGCACAUGACAAGAGUGAGGGUGAAAAGGGCUUCUGGCUGCUCUUGGCCAGUCCCAGCUCCUGCUACAGACUCUUCCAGGAGAAGCAGAAGGAGGGCUACGGAGACAUGCCCCUGUUUGAAGAAGUAAGGGAGGACCAGCUCCUUUCCAAUGGGAGAGAGUCCAGCACCAUCAAUCAACUUCUGGCUGAUGAAAACAUGAGAAAGCAGAACGACUAUGUGGAGAAGUGCAUUAACCUGAAUCGGGACAUCCUGAAGCGGGAGCUGGGCCUGCUGGACAGGGACAUCAUUGACAUCCCCCAGCUCUUCUGCUUGGAGCAGCUGACGAACGUCCCCUCCAGCCAGCAGACCGAGAGCCUCUACGCCAGGCCCUACUUCCCCAACCUGCUGCGGGUGAUGGUGAUGGGCAAGAACCUGGGCAUCCCCAAGCCUUUUGGGCCCCAGAUCAAGGGUGCCUGCUGCCUGGAAGAAAAGAUCUGCCAGUUGCUGGAGCCUCUGGGCUUCCAAUGCACUUUCAUUAAUGAUUUUGACUGCUACCUGACUGAGAUCGGAGACUUCUGCGCCUGUGCCAACGUCCGUCGGGUGCCCUUUGCCUUCAAAUGGUGGAGGGUGGUGCCUUAG